CUUUGAUCUCAAAAUCUAUAAAAGCUCAAUAACUUACAUACACAACCUCAUUUGUUUAAUUUCUCUGAAAAUCGUUCAGCGGUUCAGUGAUUUAACACUCUUUGACUUCAAGUCAAUUUCAACAAUGGAGAAAAAGAACGAAUUGAAAUACCUGAAGUGGAAGAUAUCCACGCUGACUCAUAAAUAUGACGAAGGACUUGAGUCCUGGGCAAAGGACUCUUCUGAGAAAAUCUCCACAAUAAAUAGUCUGAAAAAGGAAAUACAACAUCUAAAAGCAGAGGCAAAAGCCGCCAAGGACAGUGAGAGUGAACUAAAACAGAAAUUAGUUACCUGCCAGGCUAACAAUAAAAAAGUUGUCGAUCACUUGGAAAAAUCUCUCAAGCUCAAGAGCGAUAAAUGUGAUGAUUUCCUUCAGAUGCUAGUUAAAUCAGAGGAACGCUCCAAGAAAAUGUUAACAGAGGUGAAACUGGAGCAUGAAAAAAUGAAGUUAAACUACGAGUUAAGUAUGCAAGCAGACUUUGACAACAAACUGGCACAGAGUGACACUAUGUUAAAAAAGAAGGCAGAAGAGGUAAGAACCCAUCAAACUGAAAUAGAACAAAUUAAGAAAGAGUGCCAAGAGUUGGAAGAAAAGCUCAAAAAGGUUUUGGAAACUUUACAAAACGAGCGUAUUGAAAAUGCAGAAGAAAGAAAAAGAUACAUUAAUAUUGAAGAAGAGAAAAAAAAGAUAAGGAAGGAAGUUAUGCUUGAAUAUCGUACUAAAAUUCACAUCUUGAAAGAAAACAUUGAGGAGGCAACCCAAGAAAGCGUUAGGCUGGAAAAGGAGAUAAAAAUAAGAGAUUGGAAAAUGCAUGAAUUAAAGAGAACUUUGGAAGAAAAAAUCAAAACAGUCAAAGACAAAAUCAUGGAGGCAGCAGUUUUUAAGAAGGAGAAAGAUGAAGUAACAGAGCAUUUACAAAGUGAAAAACAUAAAAAUGCUCUUUUAAAAGUGCACAUACGAGAAGUGCUAGAACAAAACAAGCAUCUAGAGGACAAGGCGAGGCAGGAAAGGUCCAAGAACACAGAGUUAAUUGAACACAUGCAUAAAAUCGUAACCACAAAUGAUGACCUGAUUGAAAAAAACAGCUCUUUAAAAUCUACACUUAAGGUCUCUGAGACAAACACAAAAAGCUUGACGGAAAAGGUCCGCAAAUUAGAAAUCACUCUGCUAAGAUUUAAGGAAGAUCUAGUAGAGUGCAUGUCUGAGAUCACUGAGCCCAAGGAAUUAAAAAGCAAAAUCAUAGCUCUCAAAAGACGCUAUGUAGAUGAAGAUGAAAGUGUGCAGAUGGAUGCAAUCGUUAAGAUGCCGUAUCAACUAAAGAUUGAGUGUCUCACCACAAAGCUUGAGCACUGUGACAAGGUCAUGCAGAAUCAGUCCCAUAUGAUAAAGAUUUUGGAGGAGCAGAUUCAGCACAAGGAUGAAGAGUUAAUCAAGACAAGAAAAACCUACGUCAAAUUCAUUAAUGAGGAGAUUAGAAAGAUGCACUGUAUGAAACAGGAGCUAAAGGAAACCUCUCAACAGCUUCAUAAGGCAUCAAAGUCAAUACAGAAGAAAGUCAGAUCUUGGCUAAAUAAGAGAGUCCUUCAAAAAUCCGGUGUUCCCUCAAAUGUUGUAGAGGAAGACAUAACCCUUUACCCAGAUGACUGGCAGCCACCAAGCCUCCCAGAUAAUAGUAAUAUCAUAUCACCUGAGGAUCCCCCAACAGAUGAUAAUAUCAUGUCUGAGUCACGUCCUUGUACGGAUGACAGCAGUAUCACACAUGUGGAGCCUUUCAUGAAUGAUGGUCUCCCAAUAGUCAGCAUCUAAAACUCCCCUUAAUUAAGAAACCACCUCCAAAAUCAUCCUCCUCUUUUUUUCCUGGACAGCAGCACUAUGUCUCAGCGUCAUGGUGCUGCGUUUCUUAGCAGCAUGGUGGCUCUGUGUUUAGUGCUGUUUCCUCACAAAAGGUUUCAGUUCAGCCCAGUUCCCCCUGUGUGUGUGUCUUCAUAAACGUGUGACUAUGGGUUUACUCCGAGUGCUUCGGUUUCCUCCCAUACCACAACGAUGAUAUUAAAAAAAAAAAAAAAAACAAUACACGUGUAUAUAU